AUGCUCACGUCACAGCUGUUUGGAUUGGUCUGCUACGUGUUAACGUACUUGCGAUACGCAAGGGACAACUCUCUGAUAAAUGUGGUACUCUCAGUCUUGGUAGUGGUAUCAUCACAGGUUCUACAACAGAUGGUCACUCUAUACUACAGGAAAUGUCAAAAGCCCUCCCGGAGCCAAACUGAGCAUGAAGAGCUCUCGACUAUUUUCAACGUUCUUCUGAAAUGCCUGAGAUACUACCAGGUGAUAUUUGUGGUGCAGUUCAUGUCGUCUCUACUCUAUCAUCUGACUCUAGACAUCGAAAAAGACGUAUGCUCAUGGAAACACGGUUAUAUUUUCACAGACAUCGUUGGAGAGUUCGAUUGCGGUCGGGGAGGGAAAUGGGCGGUUUUUGCACUUGACUUGAGUCUUUUGCUCUGCCAACAUCUGGCCUUCAAUGAGUCCUUUACGGUAGGAGGAAGAGAUCCAGGCGAGACCUUACGAGAGGCUAGUUUGGAAGGGUUCAACCCACAUGAAUAUGGUAUCUUUAGCAUCCUGCGAUUCGACUCAUUCAAAGUUCACGAUGCUACAGUGGCAUUCACCACUGAGGGCAACACACUGACCUCGCAAACAAAUAAUUCUUAUGGAAGCGUUGUAUCACGUGAUGGGUGA